AGGCCCCUGCCCAGGACUGUCAGGGGGUUCCCAGUAGAGUCAAACUGAAGCUCUUUGUUGUGGCCCACCAGGCCCCCCUUCCGACCCAUGUCAUCCCUCCUUGUUGCCUGCGCCCAGCCCCUCGUGGCACGGAAGCCUGCUGCCUGACACGCCCUGCCCCGAAUCCUCCCGUGGCUGACCACUUCCUACCAUUCAGGACUGGGUGGAGGUAUUAUCACCUCUGUUCGUUCAUUCAGCGUGCGCACGUUGGAGUGGAGGCGAGGGAGGGAGGCUCGUGAGUAUUUGGAGGAAAAGAACCCCAGGCAGAAGGAACGGCAAAUGCGCAGACCCAGACUCGGGAAGGUUCGCUGAGUCCUUCUGACCACCAAACCCUGGUCACUCGAGCUGAGCAUCUUCCCUUAUUUUCUUGUAGGCUCUGAGCUUUCUCUGAAACCAUCCCGCUGACUGAUUUGUGUACCUCUUAGUCAUCGCGCUCCCCUGACAGGAUGUAAGCUCGGUGAACUGGAGGAUCUUGUCUGUCUGUCACGGUCGUAUGCCCGGUCCUCAGACAGUGUUCGCUCCGCGCCAGGCAAUGGCUUCUGCCGUUGCUCCCCCUGCUUGCAGCAGACAAGCUCUCCGGACCUCGAGGAGCUGCCACCCAGCUUGGAGGGGCUGAGCUGUGGUGCUUGAGCCCUGGCUGUGGGUCCCAAGCCCUGGGCUCUUUCCCUUACAUCUCCCCACCCCCGUCAGGAGUGGGUUGAGUAGGUAGGAUCUGUUCCACACCAGGAAGCUCCAGGCUCAGGUUCCUGAAGCUUCUCCGCAGAGAACCUCUUGCCUGGGGUGAGUGGAGCUGAGGGUUUGCUUGGAGGUAAGUCCAGCCAGUCCCAGACCUGUCCGCCUUCAAGAAGCAAUGGCACUUUUUUAUGCCUUGACAUGGGCAGUUUUUCUGUACUGGGAGCUACGCUGAAAGUCCUGGCUCCGUCACCCGAGGCCAGUGGUGUUCCAGCCCCUGGCUGGAAUGAGUGGCAGGUCCAGGCAAGGGUCCCCGGCUCUGCCCAGCCAGACCUCACCAGAGGCCAGGACCCACACUGCUUGCUGGGCUCUGAGCUGAAGGCAUGUGGGAGUGUGUGUGUCUGCAUGUGUCUGCGCCUUGGAACUGCACGGCUGUGACUAGGCAUCCUCUGUCCUGUCUGCAUCCUUUGCUACCUCCCAGAGACCUAAGACUGAGGAGUUCUCCACACCUGGGGGCAAAUCUCAGUUCUGUUGGUACCUUCUUAGUGAUUGGAUGAGUUGCCCAGCCUCUGUGGUCUUCUUUCCAUGUCUGCCACGUGGGGAUGUUCCACUCACCUUCCAGGGAGGCUUCUGGAAGGAGAACGAGCAUCCAGGAUGAGGUUUAGGUGCACCUUGUUCUAACGCACAAAGGUUUGGUUCAGUGCCUGGUAGGCAGCAGGGGCUCCCAGGGGCAGCCGGGUGGAUGGAGUGCCCGCCCUCCCUCCCCGAGUGGGGCUUUCUCCCACCCAGCUCCGCAUCCUGUCUCCCUCCCUCCUACCUGCACGUCUGCCCCUGGGACUGGGCGGUGUCACCCUUGAGCCUGUGUGGGUCCUUGGCACAGAUGGCCCUGUGCCCGCUUGUCCCCACCCUGCAGCCUGAGAGGGUCCCCGGGGCAGAACCCAGGGUGGCCUCUCCCUGGAGUCUGCAGGCCUGUUUCCUCCUCCAGGGCGUCCCUCCCAGCCUCCUCUGGCUUCUGACCCGGUGACCUGGGCCGGGAGAGGGAGACGGGGCAUCGCCAGGAGCCUGGGGUGGCAGAUUGAUGAGCUGGCGCUACCCUCCCCCAUGGCUGGAAUGCGAGGCCACCAGCCCAGCUGUUUGUCCAGGAGGCCGAGGUCGCUGCAGGCCCCGAGUCUGUUUUCACUCCCAGGCCCAGGAGCCUCCGGGACUUUCCCGUGUUUGUUCCCUGAACCCACUGCGGGGCCUCGGGUCAAGUGAGCACCUGGGAGUUUCCCGACUACCUGCUGUUCCUUGGAGAAGUGGGGCUCCCCAUUCUGCUCUGGCUCCCCCAAAAUGUGAAGGCACAGACCUCUACUCUCCAACCCUCUCACAAGUGGCGGCCUUUUCGGGGUCCCCAGAAGGUUCCAGACGGCUGUGGCGGGUGGGAGCAGCCUAAGCCCAGAGUCGCUGGAGAGCCUUCCCUGAAGUUAGAAGGAAGAAUCUGCCCAGGGGGCUGCGCACAGCAAGAUGAGGAGGUUCCUGAGGCCGGGACAUGACCCUGCGAGGGAGAGGCUCAAGCGGGACCUCUUCCAGUUUAACAAGACGGUGGAGCAUGGCUUCCCGCACCAGCCCAGCGCCCUCGGCUACAGCCCCUCUCUGCGCAUCCUGGCCAUUGGCACCCGCUCCGGAGCCAUCAAGCUCUACGGUGCCCCAGGGGUGGAGUUCAUGGGGUUGCACCGUGAGAACAAUGCGGUAGUGCAGAUCCACUUCCUGCCUGGCCAGUGCCAGCUGGUCACCCUGCUGGACGACAACAGCCUGCACCUGUGGAGCCUGAAGGUCAAAGGCGGGGUGUCGGAGCUGCAGGAAGAUGAGAGUUUCACGCUGCGUGGCCCCCCAGGGGCCGCCCCCAGUGCCACGCAGAUCACCGUGGUCCUGCCGCAUUCCUCCUGCCAGCUGCUCUACCUGGGCACCGAGAGCGGCAGUGUGUUCGUGGUGCAGCUGCCGGCUUUCCGCGCGCUGGAGGACCAGACGAUCAGCUCAGAUGCUGUGCUGCAGCGGUUGCCAGAGGAGGUCCGCCACAGGCGGGCAUUUGAGAUGGUGGAGGCUCUGCAGGAACAUCCUCGGGACCCCAAGCAGAUCCUCAUUGGCUACAGCCGGGGCCUUGUCGUCAUCUGGGACCUACAGGGCAGCUGUGUGCUCUGUCAUUUCCUCAGCAGCCAGCAACUGGAGAACGUCUGCUGGCAGCGGGACGGCCAUCUGAUUGUCAGCUGCCAUUCUGACGGCAGCUACUGCCAGUGGCCCGUGUCCAGUGACACCCUGCAACCGGAGCCCCUGCGCAGCUGUGUGCCUUACGGCCCUUUUCCUUGCAAAGCUAUUACCAAAAUCUUCUGGCUGACCACCAAGCAGGGGUUGCCCUUCACCAUCUUCCAGGGCGGCAUGCCACGGGCCAGCUAUGGGGACCGCCACUGCAUCUCAGUGAUCCACAACGGCCAGCAGACAGCCUUUGACUUCACCUCCCGCGUCAUCGACUUCACUGUCCUCAUUGAGGCGAACCCUGAGGCUGCCCUUGAUGACCCCUAUGCCCUGGUAGUGCUGGCUGAGGAGGAGCUGGUCGUGAUUGACCUGCAGACGGCUGGUUGGCCGCCGGUCCAGCCUCCCUACCUGGCCUCCCUGCACUGCUCCGCCAUCACCUGCUCCCACCAUGUCUCCAACAUCCCCCUGAAGCUGUGGGAGCGCAUCAUCGCUGCUGGCAGCCGACAGAACACAUACUUCUCCACCAUGGUAGGUCUGGCCCUGGCCCCAGCCCCGCCCCAGCCCAGAGCCAGGCUCGCCCAUGAACUUCUCCGUCAUCUCCUCCAGGAGUGGCCCAUUGACGGUGGCACCAGCCUGGCCCCGGCCCCACCCCAGAGGGACCUGCUGCUCACGGGGCACGAGGACGGCACAGUGCGGUUCUGGGAUGCCUCGGGCGUCUGCUUGCGGCUGCUCUACAAACUCAGCACAGUACGGGUGUUCCUCACCGACACAGACCCCAACGAGAGCCUCAGUGCCCAGGGUGAGGACGAGUGGCCCCCCCUCCGCAAGGUGGGCUCUUUCGACCCCUACAGCGACGAUCCUCGGCUGGGCAUCCAGAAGAUUUUCCUCUGCAGAUACAGUGGCUACCUGGCUGUGGCCGGCACAGCAGGGCAGGUGCUGGUGCUGGAGCUGAAUGACGAGGCGGCGGAGCACGCAGUGGAGCAGGUGGAGGCCGACUUGCUGCAGGACCAGGAGGGCUACCGCUGGAAGGGGCACGAGCGCCUGUGUGCCCGCCCAGGGCCCGUGCACUUCGAGCCCGGCUUCCAGCCCUUUGUGUUGGUGCAGUGCCAGCCCCCGGCUGUGGUCACCUCCUUGGCCCUGCACUCCGAGUGGCGGCUCGUGGCCUUCGGCACCAGCCACGGCUUUGGCCUCUUUGACCACCAGCAGCGGCGGCAGGUCUUUGUCAAGUGCACGCUGCACCCCAAUGACCAGCUAGCCUUGGAGGGCCCACUGUCCCGUGUGAAGUCCCUAAAGAAGUCCCUGCGCCAGUCCUUCCGCCGGAUACGUCGCAGCCGGGUGUCCAGCAGGAAGCGGCGGCCUGCUGGCCCUCCAGGAGAGGUGCAGGAGGGGAGCAGCAGGGCAGAGAGGACUGGCCUGCAGAACAUGGAGCUGGCGCCAGUGCAGCGCAAGAUCGAGGCCCGCUCGGCGGAGGACUCCUUCACGGGCUUUGUCCGGACCCUCUACUUCGCUGACACCUACCUGCGGGACAGCUCCCGCCACUGCCCCUCGCUGUGGGCUGGCACCAAUGGAGGUACCGUCUACGCCUUUGCCCUGCGCGUGCCCCCCGCUGAGCGGAGAAUGGAUGAGCCGGUGCGGGCGGAGCAGGCCAAGGAGAUCCAGCUGAUGCACCGAGCGCCCGUGGUGGGGAUCCUGGUGCUGGACGGACACAGUGUGCCCCUUCCCGAGCCCCUGGAAGUGGCCCACGACCUGUCAAAGAGCCCCGACAUGCAGGGAAGCCACCAGCUGCUUGUCGUGUCGGAGGAGCAGUUCAAGGUGUUCACGCUGCCCAAGGUCAGUGCCAGGCUGAAGCUGAAGCUGACCGCCCUGGAGGGCUCGCGGGUGCGGCGGGUCAGUGCGGCCCGCUUCGGCAGCUGUCGAGCCGAGGACUACGGGGAACAUCACCUGGCUGUCCUCACCAACCUGGGCGACAUCCAGGUGGUCUCGCUGCCCCUGCUCAAGCCCCAGGUGCGGUACAGCUGCAUCCGCCGGGAGGACGUCAGCGGCAUCGCCUCCUGCGUCUUCACCAAAUAUGGCCAAGGUUUCUACCUGAUCUCACCCUCCGAGUUUGAGCGCUUCUCUCUCUCCACCAAGUGGCUGGUUGAGCCCCGGUGCCUGGUGGAUUCAGCAGAAACGAAGAACCACAGCCGCCCCCGCGACGGGUCGGGCCCUGAAAAGGCCUCGGGCAAAGCCAGGAACUCAGGGAGCCAGAGUGAUGAAGAGGAGAGGAGGUCGGGCCCCGUGAUGGAGCACGCUCUGCUCAAUGACGAGAGAGUCCUGAAGGAGAUCCAGAGCACGCUGGAGGGAGACCGAGGGAGCUGUGGUGAUUGGCGUUCUCAACGAGUGGCCGUGGGGAUGCUCCUGAGUUGCUGUGGCUCUAUCUCCUUCUGCACGACGAACACACACUACUGACGGCUCUUCCUGGGGGCACUGCCCCACCUGGAGAGGCCCGUACACUGGGCCGUGCAGGGGCUGGGGGCACCCCCAGUGCCCACCCUGCUGCUGCUCCUGGCCUUGGGAGAGGAGGGACCCCAGGCCCCUGGGGCUCUCCCUCCUCGGUCCUUGACCCUCUCGGUCCUUUUGUCAAUGUUGCACAGUUUUUAUCCCCAUCUCCCCGCUUUUUGUAGUGGGCUGGGUUUUAAAUUAUAAAUGUUAACUGCCUCCGGGUGAAAAAGUUUUUAAUAAACACCUUAUUACCUCUUCACUGGACUGGCCCAACGACUUUACUUUUUUAAUUGUGCAGAGAUUUUCCACGUAAAUAGAAAUGAUCGUUAGCUGGUUCCUUGCCUUUGCCCCUUGGGUCCGUCCCCUGGACCAGGCUGGUGCUCAGGAGAAUCUGUUUUUUAAGCUCUUUGAAUCAGAUCAAACUGUAUCUGGUUGUGUCCGAACGCUAUAUGCCUUCUCUCUUUGGGAAUAAA